AUGGCAUCUUCUUCCGCCGGUCUCGAACCUGGUCCAUCCUCUUCGACCGGUGGUGCCAACGUCAAUCUUCCCCUACAGGCAUCCAGUUCAACUGUACCUGCAGUGAUAAAGGGAGGGAAUCCGCAGCUGAGUGAUGAACCAUGGUUUGCCUAUCCUGCGCCGACGCCCGAGCAGAUAGAAGACGAAUUACCACCUUACUUCGAAGGGGAGAAUAUACCGUUAGGUCUGCUUUUAGAUAGACUCGUUAGGAAAGGGUAUGGUGAUUUGAGGUAUCUGCUAGCUGAAGUAUUACCACCACUAUCGGCCAAACAGAAACCAAAACAUAUAAUAAAUUAUGCAACUACCACCCGACAAGCAUUAUUGAAAUACCUAGCAGUACUUAGAUGGAAGAAUGCCGUUGAUAUCCCGUCCAUCUCUCACCCUUCUUCCUCUUCAUCCGGUACAACUGCCCAGCAGGGCAACAACAACAACACCAAUAAUAACCAAAAUGGAACAACCAAUUUUCCUACCCCUCAUUCCAACGGCGAUGAUACCUCACCACCAUCAAUCUUAUCAAAUAACAAGGGAAAGGGAAAAGCUUACUCGGCAGGGGGAGAGGGGCCAGGAGAAGAAGUAAUUGUUAAAGGGAAGGUAUCAGAUUCGAGGAGAUUAGCGCAAUUCAUGGAACAUCAGAAUAAACAACAUGACGAUGCUGUCAUCCAUCUCAAGCACGUUACAAAAUUGGUUGAAUCUUUAAGAGAACGUAAUCCCGAUUUACUCACUGCUUUAUCACUCCUUACCACCGGAACUUACCAACACCUCUCAACCAAUAUAACAGAACCUUUCAUCCCCAAACCACCUUUAACCAAUUCAUUUAUCUUAUCACUCCUCAAACGCCUGAAUCGUCAUAUAAAAUAUAGAUUACGCUGUGUAGAUUACCUACCCCCUGAUCUGGUCGUAGAGGGAAUAUCAGAUGGACAAGUCUACCUUCGUGGAGGUGGUGAGAACGGAUGGAAAGUGAGGAUGACAAUUGUGGGAUUUGGAGAAGAUUUGAAAUGGUGGUUGACAGGUGUAGAGUGGUGUUGGCGUAACACGCGAAAAGGAGUCUACGAUCCUGGAGGUGAUUCAGAAGAAGGAGAGGGAGGGAAGAAAUUUGUAGGUGAAGAAAGGCAGAGUAUUAUGGAUCUAGCGAAUUUGGAGAUAUUACCGCCUAGAGAAGUGGAUAUACAGCAGUCUAACCAGCAGGAAGAGAAAGGGGUUGAGGUUGAACCGCAGACAGUAAAUAUAGCUGCACCUGAUGGAUCGACAAUAACGAAAUCUAUGGAUGUGGAACAAAAAUCGGAGAACACAGUGGUGGAUGCACCUCUUGUGAGGAUAUAUAAUUUUUUACAGCAUCUUUCGUUGUCAUAUCAACUGGAAAUACUCUUCUCGCAAGCCAUGACUUUGAGUCAGGCUAAAUGGAGGAAUCAACUACGAGUGGAGAUAGAUCGAGAGAAUAAGACCUUGAAGGUCAAAUACUGGAUUCGUCCACGUCCCGCUGUCAUACCCCAGCAACAACAGCAAGCAGCAGUAGGGAAAAGACCUGCUCCGACUGCUAAUCUCAAUGCUGCUCGAACUCCCCUUGUGGGAGGCGUGCUGAGUAUCACUCUCGGUGAGAACGGUCCACGGCCAACCGAAGCGGAUAGUAUACUAGGUGACGUAUCUUCCGGUGGGUUGAUACCGAAUGAGAGAAUCCUAAGACUUCAAUUAGGGGUGAAAUGGGAAGUUGGAGAAUUGGGUGUUGGGGGAGGAUUGAAACCAGGGGAUGUUAUGGAUGCAGCAGCAUUGAACGUAGAUCCUGCCUCAUUGGAUAUGGAGAACCUCCUGAUGUCGUCUGCUCGAGCCCAUGCCGCACAUCUCACCAGAGUCCAGGCAUCGUCGUUGAUCUCAUCCCCCAAAUUCAUCUUGUCAUUACUCAAUUCACCUUCCUUACAAGAAUCCGAAGAUCACACUUCCUCGCGUCCACUCACACUUCGAAUACCCCUCCCCUCUCGACAGCGUAUAUCGAGCUUACUCAUCGGUGUAUCGGCAUAUAAUGGGUAUAUAGAAAUUGAAGAUGAUGGUAGUAUAGGUAAUGAAGCUCGAGCGCAUAGGGUGGAACUGGCGACGAAGAGCAUCAACGACGGUAAGACUAGAUUGGUGGAUGAUAUCGGUAGAUUGACGGUGGCUGUUGUAAUGGAAAAUCUGGAAGAUCAAAUGAGACAAUUGGGUUGGAAACCUAUCCGCAGACUUGCAUUGCGUUCUCAGGAUCUCGCAAAAGUCCAAUUGCAUCCGGCUACGACGAUCCUUAUACCAUUACCAUCGACCUCAUCACAUUACUUCGUCACUAAAGUGACACAAGGUGGUCUGGCGUUCGAACUACUUAAAACGAUCAAAGUUCCGAUCGAAAAUGGUUUGGGCGUAGGUACGAAAGCGGCUGUAGGGGAUAGGAUACCCUUGGAUUUGGAGAAGUUGAAAGCGAGAAGGCAGGAUAAAGGUGAAAUGACUGGAUCACCCUUCGAAAUUGGUAACAAAGAUUUGAGAGAGCUGUAUAUCUUGUCAAACGCCCUCGUCGCCCAGACACUCAUCGAGCAACAAUUGAAAGAACGGAAUAUCCCUUUCACUGCUCAAUACCCUCCAACCUCUGGUCCAGGUGCUCCUCGUUCGUCAUCGGCUUUGGCAGGGAUGGUACCUACCAUAUGUGUGAACGUCGGGGACCUCCUGAGAGAUGGCAAAACAGGCGCCGCUGCUGAUGUGGCUAUGCCCAAGGUUGGUAUGCAAAUUGAAGAUUGGUGGAAAGGUGGGCGAUGCGAAGUCACAACGAUUGUUCAACUUCGUCAACAAUCUUCCAUGUCGCAGACGUCUGCUUCUACCACCUCCCAACCGCAUUCGGAAGAUAUCUCUUUCGAUCCUGCUUCGUCGAUAGUCAAGUUCAGAGCGAAGGAUAUUGAGAGAUGUGUGCCUGCAUUUUUGGAACAAUGGGAGAGGUUGAGCAAGGUUAUCGUUGUAGCUGGAGAAGUCAAUCGACUGAACAAGCUCGCCGAGUUCAAAGAUAUCAAAAUGCUUUCAUUCGAUUUACGUACCGCUACAUUAUCAUACACCAAGGGGUAUAACGCAUCUAUCACCUACAUUCCUACUAAUGACUCUUACCAAGUCACCCUAUCUACCGAUCAUAUAUCCACAUCACCAGCCAUCGGAACCGACUCGCCCUCCCCGGUUCAGAAAGAAAGACAUAACCCUCAUGAGAAAGUAUCACAACUGCUCAGUGCCCGAUUGACGGAACUUGCUUCCCAGCCUUUAGAAAGUAGGGGAUCGAUAGGGAAAGAGUUCUUUGGUUUGCUGAAGAAUACUUUACCGUUCUUUGAACAGGUCGAUAAGUUGGAAAAGAGGAAUUGGAAUUUGUUGAUCAUGGAUUUGAGGAAUUGGAGGAUCGUAAGGGAUCAUGAGAGUAGAAGAUAUGCUCUUGAUAUAAUCCUCAUUCCUUCUUUAACACAUUACUUAAUCCAAUCAUCAUCCAAACCCCGUGGACCAGAUCAGAGAAUAGUAGACAUAACAGGUAAAUUAAACGAAUUACCCUUGACCAAGAUCAUACCUAAAGUGUUCGACAAUCUCAAAGAGCAACAACACACACCAUCAGGUGGGAAAAGAGAAAUACCACCUUUAAUGAAAUUGGACAAAAACAAAAGUCUAUUAUGUAAAGUCGAUUUGAUCGAAAGUGUUCUGGAAGGGUUCUUGGAUGAGGUUGAUCUGGUAGUUGGGGUGAAGAAAGAAUAA